UCACUUCUCUAUUAAACAAAACACAGACCUCGGCCGUCAAACCGAUGUCCUGCAGGGUUUAAUUACUUAAUCAAAACAUGAUGCAAGCGUCUAUUUAAGAGGGAAUAUUGCAGCCCAUCAAAAUGAAGGGUCUUUUCCUCGUGGAGCCUGUGGUUGCACUGUACGCUUUCUCCAGUUUUCUCAUCUAUCCUCUUGUGCAGCAGUAUGUGUACCGGAGGCUCUGGCAGGAGCUGACACACACCCCCUAUCCCAUCUCUGACAAUGCCUCCAGAUGUGCAGACAACAACAGCAGCAGCAGCAACCAUUCCAGCUACCAUGAGGAGGUACAGAGGCAGGCAUCUCUCUUCUCCCUUUACUCAGAGCUCUUCUCCAUGAUCCCCUCUUUGGUUGUCACCCUCAUGCUUGUGGCCUACAGUGACCGGGGAGGACGCAAGGUCACAAUCAUCAUGCCUUUGAUUGGCACGUUAAUAUACACCUUGGCUUUCCUGACAGUGUCCUACUUUGAGCUCAACAUUUACUUGCUCAUCAUCUCCUCGCUUCUCAGUUCACUGUUCGGCGGCUUGGGCACAUUUCUGGGCGGCUGUUUCGCCUACAUAGCGGACUUGUGCGGCGAGGAUGGUCGCCAUAAGACGCUGCGCAUGGCUGGAGUGGACAUGAUGAUUGGCCUGUUAUCUGGGGUGGCUGCAAUAUCCACGGGCUACUUUCUCAGAGCUGCAGGCUUUAACUGGCCUUUCGUAACUUCUGCGUUGUGUCAGUGUUUGAUCCUGCUCUAUGCAAUUUUCAUACUAGAAGAGACCGUGAAGAAGGCUCCCACUGAUUCCGUUAUUUUAGAUGGGCCUCCUCAGCGCUCAGCCAUGAAACAAAUGAUCUUUGGGGUCUACUACAUGUUUGCAAGGGCCAACCCUAAGAGUAAGACUAUCUUGGUCCUACUGAUACUCAUCUUCAGCAGCUUCUCCUUCGCCUAUGUGGGUGGGAUCUCCAUGAUAACGCUAUAUGAGCUGAACAAGCCACUCUGCUGGAAUGAGAUUUUGAUUGGCUACGGCUCAGCGCUGUCCACCACAGUGUUCCUGACCAGUUUUGUGGGAGUUUCAACGUUCACGUACUGUGGUGUGCCACAGCUGCUCAUUGUCUUUAUGGGGAUCCUGUCUGUCGUAUCAGGCAUGGUCCUGUUGGCGUUUGCUAAGACCACUUUCCUGAUGUUUAUGGUGAGGGUGCCAAUGCUUCUGUCUAUCAUGCCAUUCCCUGUUCUGCGCUCCAUGAUAUCAAAGAUCAUCUCAAAGUCUGAGCAGGGAGCUUUGUUUGCCUGUCUUUCCUUCCUGGAGAGUUUAACUAGCAAUGUGUCGACCGCAGUUUUCAACAGCGUCUAUGCUGUUACGCUGAAGUGGUUCCCUGGCUUCACCUUCCUGUUGUCUGCAGGACUCUGUGUCAUCCCUUUAUUUGUCCUAGGGGUGGUGAGUUUGAUAGGAGUGGAUGUUGCAGAAGAGGUCAAAGAGCAAGAGCCUCUCCUUCAAGGAGAAGAGGAUCUUGUUGAAGAUCAGAACGACAACGUCUCUCUUUUUAGCUAAGCCACGGCCUGUAAAAACAUCAUAAGCACACAAUUUUUGCCUUCAGUGAUUUAUUCUAAGACUUUUUUUUCUAAAGUACCUCAUUGACUCUUGUUAAUAAUACAGGUUACAGAUCAUUUUCUUGUGCUAGUGAACUUCAAUUUUAUUAAGUUACAUCAGGGAGUCUUUUUUUUAGGAUUAGAUACAUAGGAUAUAAAGAAGGAAUGGGAUGUUAAGUGACAUGAAUCCAAACUAACAGGUCUUCCAUGAAGAAUGGUAAGACUCCUUGCACAUUAUGUAUACCUCCAAAUGGCCUGACUGUGACAUUACUAACACAUUCAAAAAAUGCAGUGUGUUUUCAUAGUUUUGCAGUGUGAUAUGAUUUGCACAAAAUAUUUGUUUUCAAACUUUCAGUCACAAGAAGUGAUGAUCUGCUUUACAUUUUGUUUCUCUUUUUUAGUACAAUGUUUGUCAAUGCCUUUACAAAGAGCUCCAGGAAAUCUCAUUAAACACAAUAAAUGCAACACAAAUCUUGUUAUCUACAUAAGGUCGCAAACAAAAUCCACAAUUUAAAUGCAUUUAAUCUAAUCAACUGGAACUUACAUUAAGUGAUGUAAAAAAUAAACAAAUAUUAUAGGAUACAUUUGAAUGUCAAGUAACCCCAAGAGGAAGCAAGCUGGCAUUAAAAGGGAACAAGGAAUCAGUGCUUUUUAAGGAAAUAAUGGUUUCUAUUUAAGACGUAGAUUUUUAUUGUUGUCCUUCAACUUUAAUGUUUGAUGAUCUCAGGGAUGAUAAGGAAGGAAAAGGCCCAAACCUUAUGAUGAUGAUGGGAAAAACUACAAAAAGACAGCAAUUAAACAUUAAUCAGUGUGUUCUCUAAGCGGGUAUGAAUUUUGGAUUGAAAUAUAACAUGAACAAUACUGGGUGGUUUAUCAAAUGGGCCAAUAAUAGUUAUUUAACCUUAAGUGUGCCAAACUGAAUGAGUUAAAACAGGAUGAAACUUUAGGUAUGGUUUUAGGUGGACCACCCAGGGGGAUAUCUUGAGUGUUGCUUUGUGACUCAAUUCCAAAUGUUGUGUCAUCAAAGUUUAAUUGAAAACAGGGAUGUAAUUUGUGUUUUUUUUUAUUUUUUUGUUUGUUGUUUAUUUCAAAAGUGCAAACUAUCUAACAAAUAAUAUGACAAAACGUUGUGGUUUUUAUGCUUGGUUUCUAACCCGUUACUUUAUGUGUAUGUUCAUGUCUUUGUGUAAAUGCAAUAAA